UUUCUAGCUGGCUGGCUUCGUUCGAGGGAUGACGACGGAAGCUUUGCCUCUUUAUUUCCUUUUUUUGGCUGUCCAAAAAAAAGACAGCAAAGGGCCUUGGCUGUCCUUUCUGUCUCUCUUCAUCCUACACUCGGUUUUCCAUUUUCUUCCAAGCUGUUCUUUUCCCUCAUUUUUUCCCACUCUCUUUGCUUUUCUAGCGCUCCUUUUGUUCUUUUUCCACUUUGCACAGCAUUGCAGUUCUUUUUGCCAGAGCCAACACUGCCCGCAGUAACCUUUAGCCUCAGCUCCAGCUUCGAAUACCACCAACGCCACAAGCCCUUUGGCCCUUGCGUCCACGACAUUACUGCCCCUGAGAAACUUUAUUUUUCUUUAAAACAGGCACUUUCCUUCAGGGCCACCGCCAGCAGCUACUCAUUCCAAAGAAAAAAGUAUUAUGAAUUUCUUUUUCAAAACGAAGCAAAAGGCCAAUUGAACUUGUCAAGGCUACCCACGACGCAAUGUCCAGGAUAGACGGUUCCAUCAACAGCGAGCAACAGCGCACCAAAGCAAACGAUGAGAUUUCAAAGAACGUAGCCAGCAUGCUUCAGAUUCUGCGCGACGGCGGCGCCGACAAUAAGGUGCCGGACACGACCUCGGAGCAAGUGGCACAACUGGCACAGGAGAUAUACACCACUGAGCUCAUGCCCCUGCUCAUCUCCAAUCUGGCCAGGCUCGAGUUUGAGACGCGCAAGGAGGUGAGCAUUAUCUUUGGCAUUCUACUGCGCCGCAAGAUCGGCACGCGUGAGCCAACCGUCGAGUACCUGGUUAACCGACCCAAUGUCCUGGCUGGCCUCAUCUGCGGCUACAGCAACCCGGACUCGGCCAUCUUUUGCGGCAACAUGCUGCGCGAGUGCUUUAAGCACAAGGAGCUCAUCAAGGCAACGCUCAAUCUGCCAGAGUUUCUCAACUUUUUCGACUACGUCGAGAGCGGCAACUUUGAC